CAGCUCCUUAAGCAGCUCUCAAAGCAAAACCACCCACUCAACCAACCAUGAAGUGCAUCGUUGCCGCCGUUGCCGUCAUCGCCCUGGCCGUCGCCGCUGAGGCUGGCUAUCCUUAUGCUGGAUAUCCUUACGCCGGAUACGGAGCCACCGUGAUCCAGGCGAAUGCCCCAGCCUGGCCGUACGCUGGAUAUCCUUAUGCUCAUGCUGCCGCUUACCCGUACGCCGCCGCCGCUGCCUACCCUGCUGCCAUCGCUGCCUAUGCUGCCCCGCAUGCCGCCUACCUGGCCGCCCCGCACGCUCCGCUCGCCUCGGUUGCCCACCAUGCUGGUGUUGUCCCUGGAGCUACCUCGGUGACGGCGACUCGUGGUGCUGUCCAUGUUGCGCCUCUGCCAGGACACGCCGUGUCGCAGAAGCAGCUCAACCUGGCCCCGGCCCCUGGAACCAUCUAAGCUUGCAGGACCUACCUACUCGGAAGUGCAACGGAAAUGAGAAUCGGAAAACGGGAACGACACGGAACCAUCGCACGAUCGGUGUGCGGCUGAGCUGACCCAGGAAUGGGUUUGUGUGGCAUUUUGGCAACGAAGGAAGCGUGAAAAAAAUAGUUGAACAUCUUUCUGCUCACGGUUCAUCUCAGCUGGUUGUACAUUUGCUGUAAAUAGAAGUUAUUUACGUGAAUAAAUGACAUCAUAA